AUGCCUCGCAAAGGCGACGGUGGAUUGGAGUGUCAAUUUCAGAUUUCGGAGAGAAAACCGACCAACAUGGGAUCCAUUGUGCAAUCCACUCUACCGUCCGAUUUCAUUUGGGGUUUUGCGACGGCUGCUUAUCAAAUUGAGGGAGGGUUCAAUGAAGAUGGUCGUGGACCUUCAAUUUGGGAUAAGUUCUGCAAGAUCCCUGGCAAGAUCGCUGGUGGCGGAUCGGGCGAUGUGGCGUGCGACUCUUACCAUCGGACCCACGAGGAUAUUGCCUUAUUGAAGACAUGCGGUGCUCAGGCAUAUAGAUUCUCGAUUUCAUGGUCUCGGAUUAUCCCACUCGGUGGCCGCAACGAUCCCAUCAACAAAAAAGGUUUGCAGUUUUAUCAGAAAUUCGUCGACGACUUGCUUGAUGCAGGAAUUACGCCAAUGGUCACACUCUUUCAUUGGGACGUGCCCGAGGAAUUAGACAGACGCUAUGGUGGACUUUUAAACAAGGAAGAAUUUGUCGCCGACUUUUCGCACUACGCCAGAGUUCUUUUCGAGGCGUUUGGCUCCAAGGUCAAGCAUUGGAUCACAUUCAACGAACCAUGGUGUAGCAGUGUUCUCGGAUAUAAUACCGGGGCUUUUGCACCAGGUCGUACGAGUGAUCGCACCAUAAGUGAUGUUGGCGACGGAUCAACAGAGCCAUGGAUCGUGGGCCACACUAUUCUGAUUGCACACGGAGCAGCAGUUAAGAUUUACCGUGACGAGUUCAAAACACAAGAUGGCGGUGAAAUUGGCAUCACCUUGAACGGUGACUGGGCAGAUCCAUGGGAUCCUGAAAACCCAGCCGACGUCGAAGCGUGUGAUCGCAAGAUCGAAUUUGCCAUCUCCUGGUUUGCCGAUCCCAUUUACCAUGGAAAGUACCCAGAUAGCAUGAUCAAACAGCUGGGCAAUCGGUUGCCGAGCUGGACUCCAGAAGAGAUUGCGCUCGUUCAUGGAAGUAAUGACUUCUACGGAAUGAACCACUAUUGCGCAAACUACAUCCGCGCCAAAACAGGAGAGCCCGAGCUUGAUGAUCAUGCGGGAAAUCUGGAACUUCUCCUCGAAGACAAGUAUGGCCACAGUGUCGGGCCAAUCACACAGUCCCCUUGGCUCAGGCCGUGCGCAAUAGGUUUCCGAAAGCUGCUUAAGUGGCUUAGCGAGCGCUAUGGGUAUCCCAAGAUCUAUGUGACAGAAAACGGAACUAGUGUGCUAGGCGAGAAUGACAUGCCUCUUGAGCAGCUCCUGGAUGAUGAGUUCCGUGUUCAAUAUUUCCGAGAUUACAUUGGCGCUAUGGCUGAUGCUUACACCCUUGAUGGGGUUAAUGUCCGUGCUUAUAUGGCCUGGAGCCUGAUGGACAACUUUGAAUGGGCAGAAGGUUACGAAACUCGUUUUGGUGUGACAUACGUCGAUUAUGAGAACGACCAGAAACGUAUUCCGAAGAAGAGCGCAAUGAGUAUCAGGGAUAUUUUUGAAACUCAUAUUGAAAAGGUGUAA